AUGUGCUGUGCAUCGAAUAAGGUCAAAUUGACACGCUUCCAAAAUUUCCCCGCGGAGCUACGUUCUCUGUAUCUCGAUCAAGACGAAGAUUCCAGGCAUUUCCGACAACACAUAAGAAAUUACAACAAUGCUCUGGCAAUGGCAUCAAUGACUGCCAAACUCGAGACGCCUCGAGGGUUCGGACCUUAUUGCUUUCGCGUACAUGGGCAGGUGUAUCACACCUUCGGGGGUCUCUACCCCCUCGAGGGCGAGCCUCCGCUAUGCGCUCAGGUACUCAUCAUGGAUACCGAGCUCGCAGCCCAGGAACUCGCAGGACGUCCGGUCAACACUAGCUGCCGGGAGAACAUUUUCUCCUUACUGCACAAUCUCCUGACGAAUACCAAUCCAUACGUGCAAGCAGUCAGGUUAAUGGCAGAUGUUUCUCAGGACGAAAUGCAUCGAGCCCAACUUGAGGGUCGUCUGACGAGACCGGUCAGGAUGGUAUUCGAACAGAGAGCUCACGACGAUCAUCGACGCUACAAUGUCGCUUCUGCCAAUGAAGUCGCCGUGGUCUACGUCGGGGAUGAAGGAAAUAUCCCAGGUGAACGCAAUUUGGUUGUUUACGAAAAAACCGGCAAUCUCCGCAGCAUUCCUCAUUUGGAUGAGCGUUGCGACCCUCUGGCGUACCCAUUGUUGUUCCCCACCGGGGAAAGCGGAUGGCAUCCAGGCAUGACACGGGACAAUUCACACCUUGAUGAAGGAUCUGCAUCGAGGUCGAGAUCGAGAAUGACCCAAAAGGAUUAUUACUCCUAUCUGCUCUUUAGUAGGAAUGAUGUCUUUAAUCCGUUGCAUCACGCUGGCAAGCUACUGCAGCAAUUCAUCGUCGAUUGUUGGAUUAAGAUAGAAAUGAAUCGUCUGAAUUUCAUUCGCCUCAAUCAGCGGCAGCUAAGACUUGACACCGUUCGCGGCCUCCAAGAUUUCAUGAACAGCGAUUCCGACCUUGAUGGACCGCCCGGUCGAAGGAUAAUCUUAGCCGCAUCCUUCACUGGAGGGCCCCGAUACAUGGUCGCCCAGUAUCAGGAUGCUAUGAGCAUGGUAUCGAAAUACGGCAAGCCGGAUUUGUUUGUGACAUUCACUUGCAAUCCUGCUUGGCCGGAGAUCGUCGAAAACCUCUCGCAAGGUCAAACAGCUUCGGACAGACCUGAUUUAGUUGCGCGAGUGUUCCAGCUCAAGGUCAAAAAGUUUUGCCAGGAAGUUCUAAAAAAACAAGUGCUAGGGGAGGUUUCGGCAUACAUCUACGUUAUCGAGUUCCAGAAGCGUGGUUUGCCUCACAUGCACAUGUUGCUCACACUCAAGGCCGAUUCCAAGUUGAGAACUCCGGCCGACGUCGAUGGCUUGAUUUCUGCUGAGCUCCCAGAUCCAGUCGCAGAUGGCGUGCUAUACGGAAUAAUAUCCAAGUGUAUGAUUCACGGACCAUGUGGGAAGCAAAACCCGAACGCACCAUGUAUGGUCGAUCGAAAAUGCUCAAAACGUUUCCCGAAAUCUUUUCGAAACGACACGUCACUCUCGACAGAAGGCUAUCCUGAGUAUCGUCGCCGUGCGGACGGUCGAUCAAUUGUACGUCAGGGUUGUGAACUGGACAAUCGCUCCGUCGUUCCUUACUGUCCGUAUUUGACACUGACGUUCGAAGCUCAUAUCAAUGUUGAAGUGUGUGCCCUCCUCCACGCGAUCAAGUAUCUCUUCAAAUACCUUUAUAAAGGUCCGGAUCGCGCUAGACUUCGGUUGCAUCAGGAAAGAGUCCCGACUGAUGAAGAACACGACGAGAUCAAUGAUUAUUGGGACGCGCGUUACGUUUGCGCUCCAGAGGCAGCUCACCGUAUCUUCGGCUUCGGAAUGACCGACCGCAGUGACGUCGUCGUGAGGUUGCAAGUCCAUCUGCCCGGUUUCGAAACUGUGCGUUUCGAAGCGGGGUCCGAAGAGUCAUCUCUGGCAGCAGCGAGGAGCCGAUUCUCUACCUUGACGGCAUUCUUCGAUAAAAAUCGACGCUGUCAGGAUUUGGAGAGCGAGAUCGGGUCUUUUCCAGAAGAUCUCAUAGACAGCCGAAAGCUACGCUAUCAUGAGAUGCCGGAGAAAUUCAUUUUCAAACAUGAACGUUGGCAAGAACGGCAACGCGAAACCACCAGAACUUUGGGCCGUAUGUAUUUCGUCAGCCCCCAUGAUCAGGAACGCUUCGCGUUACGACUCCUUCUUCUCUAUGGAACGGGCUAUACGUCCUUCGAAGAUGUUCGCACUGUGGAUGGUCGUGAACAUUCAUCCUUUAUUGAAGCGGCCAGGGCGAGAGAGUACUUGAGGGACGAUUCGUGCUUCCGGACCUCCAUGCAAGAGGCGGCUACUCUGAGAAUGCCCGCUCAAUUGCGCGGAUUUUUCGUCGCAUUGUUGACCUUCGCGGAUUUGCUCCCACCCUACACAGUUCAACUGUGGACAGAAUUCAAAGAAGACCUCAUUGAAGAUUUUAUGAACUCCGGGAUGUCAAGCGCAACAGCCGAGUCCAGAGCUUUCCAGGACAUCACGCAGCGCCUCGAGGAUCUCGGUCGAGAUGUGACUGCAAUUCUGCCGCUCGGAAUCCCAAUAUUGCCAGCAACCGAUGUUGCUGUCGAUGUGGAAGACCAUCGAAUUCGAGGGGAAGACAAGUACCGUCUAUUGAAUCAGGAGCAGAAAAUCGUUGUCGACACCAUCCUAGGAGAAACAGAUGACCUACAAGGCCAAUGUUUUUUCAUCGACGGCCCAGGUGGGAGCGGAAAAACAUUUGUCUACAACACUAUCUAUCAUCUCGCGCUGUCGAGAAACCUCGCUGUUCUUAAUGUUGCGUGGACCGGAAUAGCUGCGACUUUGUUGCCUAACGGUCGUACUGUGACAUCCGCCUUCCGAUUAAUCGUUGCAGACAACAGUCGCUCAUCAAGCAUCAAACGCCAGUCGAAGGAAGCACAAAACCUGCGUCAAACCCAUAUCAUAAUAUGGGACGAAGCUCCGAUGGCUCCGAAGACCGCCCUGGAAACGAUCAACUUGCUGCUGCAAGACAUCAUGCAGAACAGCGAACCAUUCGGAGGAAAAAUCAUGGUGCUCGGGGGAGAUUUCCGACAGGUCUUGCCGGUGGUUGAAAAAGGAUCGCGAGGCGAGAUCGUGCAUUCAUGCCUGAAAUAUUCCGAUCUGUGGAAACAUUUCCAUCAGCCCCGUCUGACACAGAACUUGAGAUUGAAUGACACUGACACAGUUUUCCGGGAGUGGCUACUCAAGGUGGGGAAUGGAGAAAUCCACGGCAUCAUGGACGUCCCGGAAGAUAUGCGAUCCGAAGGGAAUCUCGCAGAUUUGAUUUAUGGAGAUGCUUUCUGUGAUGCUGGAAAUCUCGAUCUCACCGAGAUAACGAUAUUGACACCGAAAAAUGCUGAGGUCCAUAAAAUCAACGAUUACGUCCUCGACAGAAUGCCCGGCUCGGAGACCACAUUCCGGAGUCAAGAUGAAGCUAUUGUUGAGGAUCCGAGCGAUGCGUACAACUUUCCGACGGAAUUCCUGAACAGAAUGUUGCCGGCGACUCUUCCGCCGCACGAAUUACAUCUGAAGACUGGCUGCAUAGUAAUGCUAUUACGAAAUAUAGAUGUCCAGAAUGGACUUUGCAAUGGCACCCGACUCAUUGUCACAUCGAUAUUGACCCGAGUCAUCGUAUGUAGCUUUGCUACGGGGUGCCGGAAAGGUCUUCCAGUUUUGAUUCCGCGGAUAGAUUGUUAUUAUACCCACGUUUCGUUACCAUUCCGUCUCCGACGCAGGCAAUUCCCGGUUCGGCUCAGCUUCGCCAUGACUAUAAAUCGAUCACAGGGGCAAACCUUCUCUCGCGUUGGUAUUGAGCUUGAAGAACCGAUUUUUUCGCACGGCCAACUCUAUGUCGCCUUAUCUCGAGCGAGAAGUCGGGCCGGAAUUUCUAUAUCUGCCCCAAAUGCUCAAAUGACCAACAUCGUAUACGGAGAAGUGUUAAACUGA